ACCACCAUCACUGCACCACCACCACUCUGCAGAGCCACAGAUACAACAAAAUAAUGGGCAACGUGCAGGCGGUAACUUCCCCCUCCGAGGUGAAAGUCCUGGUGAUCUACACUGGAGGGACCAUCGGGAUGACGCCUAAAGAUGGAGUGCUUGCCCCAGAAGCCAACGCUUUUGUGGAAGGACUGCGCAAGAUGCCCAUGCUCCACGAUGAGGAGUAUGCCAAGAAGAUCGGCCUGGAAGGCAACAACACCCUGGUCCUGCCGCGAGACAGCACUGCAUCAAGAGGCUUCUGGUGCUCAUCUACUGUGGAGGAGAAGACAAUCACCAGGCUGACUAAAACCAAUAAGAGGGUUGUGUACACUGUUCUAGAGUACAGCCCUUUGCUGGAUUCCUCCAACAUUUCCAUAGAAGACUGGGGUACAAUUGGAAAGGAGAUUGAGAAAGAAUAUGAAAAUUUUAAAGGUUUUGUGAUCCUGCAUGGCACAGACACCAUGGCUUACACAGCCUCGGCCCUGUCCUUCAUGUGCGAACAUUUGUGCAAACCAAUCAUCCUCACCGGAUCUCAGGUACCAAUCUUUGAGAUGAAAAGUGACGGCACAGACAACCUGCUGGGGGCGCUGCUGAUCGCAGGCCAGUUUGAAAUUCCUGAGGUGUGCUUGUACUUCUGCAAGAAACUCUUCAGAGGGAACCGUGUGACCAAGGUGAAUGCUGAGAGUUUCGACGCCUUCUCCUCUCCCAACCUGGAUCCUCUGGCCGUCGCUGACGUGGAGAUCUCAGGAUCGGGGUGGAGGGCAGACCACACAGCACAGUUCCACGUCAGCACCGAGCUGAAUAGGAACGUGGGGCUGCUCAGGCUGUUCCCAGGAAUCACUACUGCUACUGUGACGGCUUUCCUGCAGCAGCCCAUGGAGGGUGUAGUCCUGGAGACCUACGGCAGCGGAAACGCCCCCAAUAACCGGCCUGACCUGUUGGCGGCGCUGAAGGAGGCCACCGACAACGAAGUCAUCAUCAUGAACUGCACCCAGUGCCUGAAGGGGACCGUGUCUGCUUCGUACGCCACCGGACAGGUGUUGAAUGACGCAGGGCUGAUAUCUGGUGGAGACAUGACUUCAGAGGCGGCCCUGUCUAAGCUCUCUUACGUAUUGGCCAAGAAAGAGUUAGAUGUUAAUGCCAAGAAAAAGAUGAUGGGUCAGGAUUUGCGCGGUGAGGUGUCCUACGGAGCCAAAACUAACUAAUCCAGGUCCCUGAGCAUCAGCUCCUAGGAGAUGACUGCACCCUCACAACACAAAGGAGACACAUGUUGUGGAAUAUUUAAAUAAAAGUUCGGGAGGAAAGAAUGGUUUGUUUCUUUCGAGUCUUGAUGAAUGAUCAAAGUUGCAAAAGUCCAUUUACUGCUUGCAAGCAGGAGGUCAAAUACACAAUCAUGUAUUACGGUGCUCUGUGGAGUCAAAACCCUUUUUAUACACACAUGUGAAGGCCAUCCUCAGUGGCAGGUAUGAAAUAUUGCAAACCAAGUUGAGAUAAAAACCAAAAGUUAAGAUGGGAUUUCCUAUAGAGUUAAACCCAACACC